GACGGCAGGAUUUGCACUAACUGUGCCUACGGGAAUGGCACUUUGCCGACGACUUGUCAGUGCGAGAAUCCUCCAUUCUCUGUGCCGGCCCAGUACAAUGAGGCUUGUGGCAUGGGGAAGGAGUGCGCACAGGGCCAGGGCAUCUGCUUCAGACCUUGUAUGACUUUCCUGCAUAUCACGUCUUGUCCGACGGACUACUGCCACUGGAACACCCUUACCUUGCUUUGUGAAGACAGACCUCCUGACAUGCCAACGGUGUACUGGAGGGAGACCAGCACAG